AUGGGUAACCGUGGUGCAGCACCUGGCAUGAUCCUGCUCGUCCUGGCAGUGGCCGUCCUCGGUGGUGCCGAAUCGUAUGGAGUGGCGCGUGACACCGACAUCCUGCUGGCGGAUGGAUUCUUCAAGCGGAUGCGGGACCUGUUUGCUGAGCGGGCAUACGAAGACGGACUCGGUGGUGGUGGAGCCGGUGGUGGACCCGAGAUGGCGGACGAAACGCCUCCGGUCGCACCGCCCGUAGACACGUCGCACCUGGACAGUCCACCGAAACCGAAGCUCGUUGACAACUGGCCGAAGGUGAAGCACGCCUUCGGUCAGGUGACUGCCGUUUCCGUUGAUCUGCAGGGCAAUCCGGUCAUCUUCCAUCGGGGCAGCCGCACUUGGACGCUGGAGAGCUUCAACGAUAGCCACCACUAUCAGCACAUCGCGGACGGGCCAAUACCGGAGAACACGAUCGCGACGCUAGCGGCCGCGGACGGUGCCGUGUUGGAGGAGCGCGGUGCUGGCAUUUUCUACAUGCCUCAUGGAUUGACCCUCGAUCGAGCCGGUAAUGUCUGGCUGACGGAUGUAGCCUUGCAUCAGGUGUUCAAGUUCAUGCCCGGCCGAGAUUAUCCCGCCAUCACGCUCGGUCACCGGUUCGAACCGGGCUCGUCCCGGAGUCAUCUGUGUAAACCGACCGCAGUAGCAGUGGCCACCACCGGUGAGAUAUUCGUCGCUGACGGGUACUGCAACAGCCGGUUGCUCAAGUUCAACGCCGCCGGUCGGCUGAUCCGCACGAUCCCGCAACCACCCGAGUUCCUGUCGCUGCAGACACCGCACGGAUUGGCGCUUCUCGAGCACCUGGACAUGGUGUGUGUCGCCGAUCGGGAAAACAUGCGUGUCGUGUGUCCUCGGGCCGGAUUGCAAACGUCCUAUGGUGAGGGUACGCAAGCGGCUACCAUCCAGGAGCCGGAUCUGGGCCGCGUGUUCGAUGUGGCCGCAUACGGAGAUCUGGUGUACGCGGUUAACGGACCCACUUCGCCUAUGAUCCCGGUGCGCGGUUUCACGAUCGAUCCACGCUCGGAGACCAUCAUCGAUCACUGGGGCAAGUUCGAGAAUCCACACUCGAUCACGUUCUGUCCGAACGGGUCCGCCAUGUACGUCACCGAGAUCGGACCGAAUCGUGUGUGGAAAUUCACGCUCACGGUGUAAAGCGGAGGUC